UCUAAAGGUGACCAAUCUAUUUACAAGCAUUCAUUGGUUAAUAUUGCGUAACUCACUCUAUGGUAUAGAACUAGCUUAAGCCUAGGUUAGGCUCACUGCACAACUCAUUGCUUUUAGUACAAUUAGACAAUUGUACGCUUAACAAUCUUGGAAAUUCCAACUUAGACUACAUUUAUUUCUUAAUAUUUAAUCUCAUAAUGGAAUCAACUGACCAAGAGAACUCUGGAAAUGAUGGUAAAACCUGUUUGUUUUUCAAGCGGAAACGAAACGUAAGAUCAAGAAACAUAAGAAGUAAAGACUCUAGCAGUAGUGAGGAUGAAACUACAGUCGUUAAAAAAGAUAAGAAAGAAGACAAAUCAAAUCCUUUAAUUCAAAAGUCCAAUUUCAAGAAAGUGAUAAAACCUGAUUCAGCAGCAAACGAGUCCUCAAGUGAUGAUGACAAAGUCACUGUUUCUUACCGGUCUAAACGCACAGCUGCUCCUGAGGGGCCCUCCGAUCAAGGUGCAACAGCAGUGUUGGAGAUUGAAACUGAAACUGACAGGGACGCUCAGGCAAUAUUUGAACGGUCACUGAAAAUCAACAAAGAACUUAAAGGAAAAGAAGAUGAUAGCAUAUAUAGAGGUAUGGCAAACUAUACUCAAUUUUACGAAAAGAGAGACACCGCCCAAGGCAAUGCUUCAAGUGGCAUGGUUAGAAAAGGACCGAUUCGAGCUCCAGCACAUUUGAGGAGUACAGUUCGGUGGGACUACCAACCCGAUAUUUGUAAAGACUAUAAAGAAACCGGGUAUUGUGGUUUUGGUGAUAGCUGUAAAUUUCUACACGAUCGUUCUGAUUACAAGUUUGGAUGGCAAAUAGAGACAGAUGCGGCAUCAGGGGUUGUAGAUGAUGAAGAUGACACAAAAUAUGAAAUUGAUGAUGAUGAGAACAACUUGCCUUUUAAGUGCUUUAUUUGCAGGGACUCGUUUACAGAUCCUAUUGUUACUAAAUGCAAGCAUUAUUUUUGUGAAAAGUGUGCUCUCACUCAAUAUAAGAAGUCAGCACGUUGCUACAUUUGUAAUCAGCAAACUCAUGGAGUUUUCAAUCCAGCAAAAGAAAUUAUAAGCAAGCUAAAAAAUACUGCACCGAAAAACGAAGAGUCUUCUGAUUCAGAUUAGAAGUCAUCUUAGAACUUGAAUGAUUUAAAACUUGUACACACUGAAGGUUUUAUUGUAAAAAUCUCUUGCAAAUGUGACAGUUUUUUUAGCCCAGCCUACUUUUGAUUAGAGUAUAAAACAAUGCUAUUUAUCAAACCCUUGGUCAAAACAUAAGCUCACCCUUAAAAACUUAAUUCCUCAGCAUGUUGGCGCAAUCAAUUUGGUCUUGUAGUCUUGUAAUUUACAUUUUAAUCUCAUCUUUUUAUUGCCAAUCUGGAAAGCUAAAUAACAUCACAGCCUACCUAAUAAACCCUAUUAGGCUACCAUUGACUAUUAGUCAAAGCUAUGAUUUAGCUAAGCAGGAGCCCACAUAAAUUGAAACUCUUUACCCUACUCUUAAAUAUUAUCUAAGUUACUACUGUCCGUGUCAAGCUCCAUAGUUUAUGUUGUAAUCUCCAACAUUCUAAUAUAUAAAAGUCAUUGACCGUAUUACCAUGAUUGAAGUUAUAUUGAUUUUUAAUAACUCUUUUCUGCCCAUUAAUAUUUUUUAUUCGAUUGGCUUCUACGCUUUUUAAAAAUAACCUUGUUUUCAACCAUUUCAUUGCUUUGAGAUCUUAAUUUUUAAAGACAAAAUCAUUUUAAAUACCGGUAUUUUUAAUGGCACGUUUUGGUAACAUUUAUCGAUUUUCGAUCAAAUUAGAGUAUUACUCUUUAAAAAGUAUUGUACACAGUAGAACCUCUUUAAUCCGAACCCCCGUAAUCCGAACGUCCACUAAUCCGAACGCCUCAUGUACUCCAUACACAGUACAGUAGUUCUAUACGUACGCACAGUAAUUGUUUCUAUUCUAAUGUACAGUAGGUACUGUUUAUUCACUAUGUUUACUACGGUAUUAAAUGAACACUGCAUUUUACUUUAUAAAGCACUUUUUUUCACUUUUCCUGUAACAACGAAGAGCCAAUUUAGCCAUGUUGUAUCUAUUGUCAUGUAAAAACAACAUGUUCUGUAACCCGAACUAUUCAAUAAUCCGUACUACCCCCGGUCCCAAUUAGUUCGGAUUAAAGAGGUUCUGCUGUAGUAUUUAGGCCCUACUGUAGAGCCCCUGUGUUAUUUAAGUCAUUAAGGACAUGUUGGAGUUUCACACUUAAAUGGUUAAGUGUCAUAUAACCAUAGCCACCUCUAAUACAAGGCUGCAAAGAGACGUUAGUUGGCAACGACACAAUCCCAGUCUACUGAAACAGCAGUCUCAUCAAUUCUUAAUGGAGCUUAUGUGCAAUAUUUAUGAUGUUAUUAAUGUUAUUACAAUGGCAAUAGGCCGGCUGGCGAGACGUUGCCACACAACGCCGUGGCCUUGUGUAAGGAGAGGUUAUAGUAAAAAAAGUAGUAGUAUCUUCAUUAUGGGUAGGGUAGGCCCUACCGUAACUUAUGGAAAUUUAAAUUUGUUUAUUUAUAUUUUAGUAUAAUUUAUUGUUUUAUACCAUCUUUUACAGUGUUCCAUUGUGCCUAAACCAAAUUAAGGCUACCGACUAUUUAAACAAUUUUCCAAAGAUUAAAGUAUCUUGAUUCCAACAAUGACCUCCAAAAAUUCUAUGAUUUUGUAAAUGUUAUAUUUUUGUAAAUAUAGCUUGCUGAGACUAGU